UAAAACACCUUCUUUCUAACUUCCCACCCGCGAACUAACGUCGUUUUUUGUGUUUUUUUAACUUCCCUUGUCGGAAAAAUAUUAAUUAUCCGCCAAGCUGGACGACAAAAUGGGGAUGAGCAAGAACCUGCUGCAGACGUUCGAGGUCCGGUUCGACGGCGGCGGCGCCGAGCGCGGCUACUACACGGCCGGAGACCGGGUGUCCGGCAGGGUCAGGGUCAGGGCGGCCCGGACACUGCGGGUGGCCGCGGCCGGGCUCAGGUUCGUCGCCCUGGGCUACGCCCGCGCCGAGCUGGGCAAAGGGUCGCAGGCCCUGCGGCAGCAACAGCAGGAGUACCUGCGGCAUGGGGGGGCCCUGUGCCCCGACCCCCAGCACAAGCAGCAGGAGGAGCCCGCAGACGCCAAUGGCUGCACCCUGCUGCGAUCGGGGGAAAUGUACGAGUACACCUUCACCUUCCAGUUGCCUAAAGGGCGUCUUCCCCCGUCCUUUAAAGGGAAGUACGGAGGCGUGUGCUACCUUGUGAAGGCCUUUAUUGAGCAGGAGGCCCUGCCGCCCCUGGAGUGCAGCAAGGACUUUGAGGUGGUGGAGCCCAUCGAUGUCAACACCCCAACCCUGCUGUCCCCAGUUGGUGGUUCUAACAAGAAGAACCUGACCUGCUUCUUCCUUGCAGACGGCUACGUGUGUAUCGCAGCCAAGAUUGACCGGAAGGGCUACUGUCAAGGCGAUGAGAUUUGCAUCAACGCCCAGUUCCAGAACAACUGCUCCAGGAUUAUCGUGCCCAAGGCGGCCAUCUUAGCCAAGCAGACCUACCUGGUGAACAACAGCACCAAGGUGGUGAAGGAGAAGCUGGGCUGUGUGCGGGGGAACCACAUCAUUUCGGGGAUGUCCGAUUCCUGGUGCGGCAAGUGCCUCCGGAUCCCCACAGUCAAGCCCUCCAUCGAAUGCAGCAUCUUGCGCCUGGAGUACUCCCUGCUGAUUUAUGUCCACAUUCCCGGCAGCAAGAAGCUGAUCCUGGACCUGCCGCUGGUGAUUGGCACCAUCCCUUACAGCGGCAUGGACAGCAGGACGAGCAGCAUGGCCAGCGACUGCAGCAUGAACACCAACAACAGCAUGAGCUACAACAGCAUGAGCUGGCCACACAUGGCCUUCCCACAGUCCAUGUCCGAAUCGUCAUUUGAGGAUAACCAUCGCAUGGAAUGCCCCACCACUCCGCUGCUGGAUGAGAACGACGGGGUCCCGGAGAGCCCGAUCUUCAUGAAAUCCCCCUUCGACUACCCCUCUCCACCCGUCUGCAACCUGGUGGAUGAAAACGGGAACAGCGCGAUCCCGGUGCAAUGAAGCACCUUACGAAGCCAGGACACAUUAAAAAUAUUAUCUUGGACUUGCGUCUAAAUUCCGGUCGGCCGUUACGAGGUGCUGGCAGCGCAGGGCCCCCCUGAGGUGAAGGCGGAGGAGGGCCAGUGAAGAGGGGAAAGGAGGUAUUAUCACUCCCAUGUACAAAGCCUUGACUCCGGCAAUCGGGCAUUCGGAUCUCAGUUGUGUCGCGAUUCUCUUGACAGCAGUGAGAGGGGGGGCCCCCACAACGCUCGGUAUUUCCUCAUCACCAGCGUUGUCAGCUGUGCUUGGGUUGUGUCUGAUUUUUAAUCUAAGGUGUUGUUUUUGUGUGUGUGUGUGUGUGGGGAGAAAUCAGUUUGCCUUAAAACUGACAGGUAUUUUGUAACCUGGCAGUGCCACAUCUUGGUGCCAGGCCAGGGGAAGCUGCUGCUGCUGGGCACGCAGUAGGUCCCGCCAGUCACUGCCCUCCUUGCCCACCUGGGGUAGGACAAGCCCCGACUUAAAAUGACAAGAUAUAACCCCAAGAUUCUCUCUCUCAACUGCUGCAAACCAACUCACUCCAAACACGAAGUCUUCAAAUAUCAUUUUAAAUUGUUCCAAAGUGUGUAGGAGGAUAGUGAUCGUCUACAUGGGACCGCUGGUCGGAACCGACUCUGACGGCCUGUUUCCCCCGCUGUAUCUCAAGUCUAAACAUGCGGACUGUAUUUUGAAGUGUGUAGAGGGGGGGGCUGAAGAGGCAACGCAUAGAUUUCUUAAAUUUCAAAUAACCUCUUUUUAAAAAAAAGUAAAACAUGUAUAGGUGGCACAAAAAAGCUGGAGAAACUCAGCGGGUGCAGCAGCAUCUAUGGAGCGAAGGAAAUAGGCAACGUUUCGGAAUGAACCCCUUAAGGAAAUAGGCAACGUUUCGGAAUGAACCCCUUAAGGAAAUAGGCAACGUUUCAGAAC